AUGAGCAGCAUCAUCAUAAGACUGAGGUGCCAAAUCGGUGUGUAUCGCAUCGAAAUUGAUAAGAACAAAAAGUUGGAGGAUUUGAAAAAGAAAAUCCAAGAGCUAUUAAAUGUCCCUAUAGAAAAGCAAGACCUUUUUUUGCAAGACGAAGCGUGUAUACCCCUACUGGAAAAUUCAGCAUCUUUAGAGAAAUGCAAAAUUAAUCAUGGAUCUAUGCUUCAUUUGAAGAGUGAAGUGAAACCAUCGACCUGUGGGAGGAAACAAACAGAUGGAGGAAAACAAAUGGAGAGUGGAGACCUAACAAACGGAAGCAACAAAAGAAACGAUAAGGUCGGGAGAGAUGGUUUCCUUAACGCAAUAGAUAUUGACAAAAAUAAAGGGUUAGGAAAGGGAGAGGAAAGUAAAUACAAUGAUAAUGGUCUGAAGAAGAAUGAGUUUUUAUGUUCUGAAAAAGAUAAAGAAAUAGAAAAGAAAGGAAAGAAUGAGGUAAAAAAUGAAUCAAAUUUUAAAUCGUUCGAUUAUUUUUUAAAAAUGAGAGAAUACAAUACAACAGAUCUUCCCAUGAAUAUGGAAUACAAAUCAAUAUUUUUAACAAAAGGAAAAUUUAUUAAGAUUCCUCUUAGUAUCACAUUGAAACAUCAGGAAUAUAGACAUGUAGAUCAUCUAGAAUUAAUGAAUGUAGAAGAAGUAAAAAAUUUUGUACAAUAUUGGUAUACGAAUGGUAGUAUGUAUGAACAGAGAGUUGGUUGGAUGUAUGGUUAUUAUAAAGAGGAUUGUCAUUACAACUUAGGAAUAAGAGCUGUAUGUGAAUGUAUUUAUGAACCCCCUCAGAUAAAUGAAAAAGAUAAUGUUAAACUUCUCCCCGAUAAUUUUUUAGAUACUGUUGAUUUAAUUGCAAACAGAUUAGGUCUCGAAAGAAUUGGUUGGAUAUUUACACAUUUACCUAGAAAAGAAUAUUUGACAUCAAAUGAAGUUGUACAAAUAGCUAGACUUCAGCUUGAUAAUUUAAAAAAAAACAUACACUAUACAAAUUAUAGCAUAUCAAAUUUUAUUACCUGUACCAUUUCACCUGACCCUAUGUUGAGUAACGAACCUGUAACGAAUGCUUUUAUGAUAUCCGAUUUGGGUAUGGCAUUAAUAAAAGCUAAUUUAAUAGAACCCAUUCAAACGGAUUCAUCACAUAUACAUUUAAGAAAACCUCUUCAAAAUGAAUUACUUCCACUCAUUUUAGAAGGAGGAAAGGAAACAAACAAAUUUGAUGCUGAUUGGUUUAUUGUUCGUGUUAAUGAAUCGGCUCCAAAAGUUGUACGAUCCAUUUUUAAAAAUUUCCAUUUCCCAAGAGAAAAUAGAUAUCAUUCACCAACUGCAUAUGAUGUAAAGGAAUAUUUUGCAAGUACCAAAUUGGAAAGGGGUACUAAUGGAAUCUACAGAUGCUCUGAUUUUCACUUGAUUCUCUUCGUUUCCAGGGUCCUUGACAUCGAAACUGCACUGGCAUUGUGUGAUGCCACGUUGAAUAAAAAGGAAAUAGACCCCAUAAUGGAGGAAAUUCUCACGUCAGUUAAGAUCUAG